UUUAUUCGAUUUAAUGUAUCUAGUAAUGAAAUCUACAAGCCAAAAAUUUGUAAAGCCGGAGGAGUCAUUAACGCCGAUUUCGACCAAAAAGCGUUAUUCUACAUCUGUGGAGACAAAAAGACUAUCAAAAAAUACAAAGAAUGUACUUAAAAAUGAAAAGACAAAUGAAACAAUUUCAAUACCCCCAAUGAGAGAUUUGGAUGUUUUAGAAAAAAAUACGGUUGAUCCUGACACCAAACCAUUCUACCAUGGAAAUCCAUUUGUUGAAAAACAUCGAGGGGUUAUGCAUUUGCAUAAAGAAAAUUUGGAAAGUUCUGAACAUCCUCCAAUAAAUAAUUGUUGUAUGCUUGUUAUGAUGGACAUUCCUGCGUUUUUUACUUGCCGUGAACUAGUCAGCUUUGUCCGCCCUUCAUCUACACAUAUUUUACUAAUGAAAAUAGUUCGUGACGAAACAGCUAAUAAAUAUAUGGUUACCAUAAAAUUUAAAACUCCGGAGUCAGCAACUAAAUUUUAUGAACAAUAUAAUGGCUUAGAAUUUAAUUCAAUUGAACCGGAAAAAUGUUCUCUUCGUUUUGAAGGAGAUGGUUCAACAACGUUUACAGGAUUACAUGUUGAUCCUGCAUAUGGGGAGACACGUACUUGUUCUGUUUGUUUGGAAAGAAUGGAAGAGGGAAACAAUAUUAAUCACUCAUUUCAUGCUAAAUGUAUUAGUCAAUGGGCGGACACAACCUGCCCUAUCUGUCGUUAUACACAAACACCUGAAAUUGUUCCUGACCAGAAAUGUUUUGAUUGUGGACGUACUUCUGACCUUUGGAUGUGUCUAAUUUGUGGAAAUAUUGGUUGUGGUCGUUAUGCAUCGGCACAUGCCUAUAAACAUUAUGAGACUACUUCACAUAUUUUUACUUUACAAAUUGGUGGAAAACUUGUUUGGGAUUAUGCUGGAGAUAAUUAUGUCCAUAGAUUAAUUGAGAGUUCAACUGAUGGAAAACCUGUUGAAUAUGAGGGAGUUAAUAAUGAUAGUUUUGAAAAAGAGAAGGAGAAGAUUAGUGCUAUUAAUUCGUUGGAAGCUGAAUUGAAAUCUACUCGAAAUGAAUUAACUUCUACCAGCGCCGAACUCGUAACACUUUCUAAUUCAAAAAAACAACUUGAUAAAAAAUAUUUAUCUUCACAAACAAAAUGCCAAACAUUACAAAAUGAACUAGAAGAAGAAAAGCAAAUGAGUAAAUUACUGAGAAUUGAUAAAGAACUUCUUUCACGUCAAUUAGAAGAAGCUAAUCAAAAAAGAAAAAUUGAAGUGGGGGCUUUAGAAGAACAAAUUCAUGAUCUUUUGUUACAUUUUGAGACUGAAGCAAAAAUAAAGGAACAAAUUGAAAAUGGAGCAGUUAGUAAGGAAGAAUUGGAACAAAGUAAUGUUGAAGUGAAAGAAGAUGUUACCCCCAAAGUUUUAUCUAAAAAGAGUCGUCGCCGUAAAAAAUAA